AUGGCGGACCGCCUGCGCACUUCGCUAUCGUCACACUUCUCGAGACACAUUGAACGCGGGGACUGGAGUAGCUGUCUGAAGGCACUCCGCGGCUGUGCAGAGACGGGUACGCUCCUUCACAGCCUGCCGCAUGACACGCUUUUCCCUUUUUUGGUGGCGAAUGGGCAGUGGGAGUCGGUGCUGCGCCUCAGCAGUCAACUUAUGGUAGCAGAAGACGCCAAGGCAGCUGCAAAGAGUAGCAAUACCUCCAGGACCAGCAGCAGCAGUGGUGCUGCGGUGAGGGUGCCUGAGGAGGAAAAAGGCUUAUACAACACACUGCUGCGGGCGACUCUUGUGCCUGAGGCGGUGGAGAGUAUGGGGAGUUGGCGUGCAACAGCGGCGAUUGUGCAGCGUACGGCUCAGCGGCGUGUGCGACUGGAGACUUCUGUCGUGCGCGACACGCUGAAUGUCAUUGAAAACUGGCAACAGCACGACCUAGACAGCAGCAGCAGCGGCACUGGCCCUACGACGGAGGAAGAUCGGAAGCGCCGGGAUGCACUGUUGCUCACAAGAGAUAUUCUCGCAGCGGAUUUGCACCUUCGUGGGGAGUCUCGCACUACUGACCAUUCUGCGCCGAUGCGGCGGUUGCCGCCAAAGAUACAUUCGGAUUUUCUCUAUGCGAUUGAUGCUGUCGUGCGGGGGCCGUUGUCGGAGGAUGGCGACAGCGCCGCACAGUGGGAACGGCUGCAUGAACAACUGCACGCGAGUUUUGCGCUCUCGUGGGAAGACGCGGUGCACACAGUGUUGUGUGUGUGUGGCCCCCACAACUCCCAAGCAAGAGAGCACCAAGAGUGUGAGGAGCUGGAGGGUGUGCUGGAGGCAGCCAGUGAAUACACCACUGUGCGGCCUGACGUGGCGGAGCGGGUGCUUCACAUGACUUUGCGGCGAAUGUUUACUGGCGGUGCUGUCAUUGCUGCGCCACCGCCAAGCGUGGCGCACGAUACCGAGAAUUUGAGUGGCGUCAGCAGCGGAGUUAGUGCGGCACUACUAGCGUGGUGGAGGCGAGAAGUUGAGAAAACUGCCGCGGUGGAGCUGCCGAAGUGGGAGGCUGUGAAAGCGUUGGCUCUGGCCGAGUUGCAGCAGCGCGAACGGCAGUGGGAUAUGACGCAUGAUCUCAGACUACAGCAGCAGCGUCAACAGCAACAGGCUAAAGAAGUAACAGAGGCCAUAACAUCUCUUAAAUGGCUCUGUAUAGCUGCGCAGUUGGUUUUUGUUAGGAGUGAGGCAGUGGAGCAACUGGGCAACUCUGCCGAGUCGGAUGACGCAAAGCUCACGGCCCUUGAAGACAUUGUGCAAAAACUGCUCCUGCAUGGCGCAGCCGUCAUGGCCAAUAACGUUGGUGACGAUGUGGAUAGUCUCCUCAUCAAGACUAUCCAAUCCCUUAUGCUCACCUACAUUCGCUUGUGUUGUGCCAAGGACUGUCGUCACACCGCUCUGUGUGGGGAAGUAGAAGCGGUGCGAAAUGAUCAGCAGCCGUCGCUGAAGAGCAACAAUGACGCUAUCACCAGUGUGACCUCCUCGCAGGCGCCAUCUGUUCUUACGUCUAGGAGGGAGUUGUUCUGGAGACGCGUUCUUUUCCCACACCGCAUCGCGCCCCUGCGUGACUCACGGCAUAAUCCCCAGCAGGAACAACGACGUUUGCGGUUCAACGCAGCUUGGCAGUCAUUGCUGCGGUGCGUCUUUCACGACACGUCCGUCUUGACGGUUUGGUUCGACGACGAGCAACGCCCCCGUGAAGGUGACGAGGCGCAGGUGAAUAAGAUAUUAGAUGAACGCAAAGAUACCGGGCACCGUGGACGUGAUCGUCGUCAUCAUCGUCAGCGCCGUUUGCCUGCUACAGCCAAACCCUUCGUCUGGCGUGAAGAGGCGCUGAGGCAACUGCAGCAGCUGGUGUACUUCCUCGGUAGAAAGUUUACCGUUGACAACGACGCCUUAAGCGCGACGCGCGUGCCUCUUUUACAGCGGCACGGUGUUCCGCUUGGUGUGGAGGCGGAUGCAGACACCGGUGUGGUGAUCCCUGCAUUGUCGAAGCUGCUCACACGACAGGAGGACGUCGACCGCUUUGGAGCUGCCCUGUUGCAGGCUUGCGUGAGCAAUAGCGCAUCUGUGGCUGACGCCACAGGUGUGUGGCGCGCGUACGUCGCGUCUAUUGCCCGCCCUCACGUGGCGCCGCUGCUGCAACGGAUCAUGGACGGCGAUGCUUCCACGGCUGCUGAUGCUGGCGCAGUCGGACCGUGCCGCAUUGCCCUCGUGGCGGUUAUGUACGAAACCGACGCCAUUUCUGUGGCGGAGAAGGCGAAAUACACGGCUGCAUUGCUGCAUUCUGUUGAGCCCCGCACAAAGUCGUGGUGCGUAGCCCUCGCUCUAUUCGGCGAAUCUGCAACGUCUCUCUGCGCGCAACAGCAGAAUAAUGGUAAUAAUGGCGUGGAUGCCGCACUCCCACACAUCAUGGACGCUUUGGUGGGGCAGGCGGCCCCGCCACGCUGGCGAGAGGCACUGCAGGUUGUAGAGGUCCUUCAUGCACUAGCGCCUAUCACCACUGCCAGCAGCAAAAGCGGCAGCGACCACGACACCUAUGACGAAGCUGCUGUUUCCGAACGGACUCCCCUAAAUGAAUCGGAACGUAUCGACCUUUAUGAAGCUGUUGCUCCAUUAAAGCAGCGACGGUACUGGAAGUCCGCCAUGGCACUCUUCGACGCAUACGAAGCACGUAUACUGAGCAGCCAUGAUGCAGCGUGCUUUGCAUUUGCGGUGGAGCGGGGGCCGCUCUCGUUUGCUCGACGUGUUCUGCUCGCACACGGCGAGCGUGAAACGAGCCGGGCGGUGGCGCAAGGGGCUCUGUUGGCGUGUGCACGUCAUGUGGGUCGCGUAACGCGGAGGUCGUCGCCGCAACAACAACAUGAUGACAGUGAGGCGGCGCGGGAGCAGGAGCAGGUAUUUGUGAUGCACGAGGCGCGUCAAGUGGUGCGGCUAGCCCUUGCGGCGUGGCCAACGCCCAUUACUGACGAGUCGGACUUCGCGUUUGUGUGGAAGAACGUCAGGCGCGCGUGUGCUGGCGACGAAGAUGCGGCCAAGCUGCUUCUGCGGCAGAGCGCUCUGUAUGACACGGAACAAGUGAGGGCUGAGACUGACGCGCUGACGCACACCGUGCGCCUGUGCCACACCGCACGUGACACGACGACCGCGACCGAAGCGUACCGCUUGUUUCGCGAGCGGUUCAUUGGAGUUGUUUUGCCGGAGGAGACGAUGCUGCAGCUCCUGGAGUUGUGUGCGACUUCCGUUAGCGAAGCGACAGGUGGCGCCGCAGACGACGGUGUUGCCCUGUUGUGCACUCUUCUGCGAGACGCCCUAUGGAUGCACGAUUCAGUGGCUCACACCGAUAAGGGGCAAACUGUGACGCCGCACGGAUUCCUGCUGCGGACGUGCACUGUGCUGUUUCGGCUGCGCUGCUGCACGGACGAAACAGAUGGUGCCGGUGCUGCUACGGUCCCUCCUGGUGGUGGUAUUCCCAGGCUUCGUUCGAGCAUGGCGCCAGGCAUGCGGCAUUACACCUCGCGCGUUCUAGAAGUAUUGGUGAGGCAUCUGGUGAAGACCCCGGCGAGACUGGUGCGCAAUCUUGCAGACUUGGUGGGUGUACUUCGAGCACUGCCGCUGUGUGCCAUGCUGAAAGCAGCAGAACAAGAUUUAUCGGCAUUAAGUCCCCUCGCAAUGCUGCUCCAACAUGUGCAGCAGUUGGAGCAGCAGCUUGGUCCUGUGGUGCCAGUCGAAUGCAUUUUCUGGCUUGAAGUCAUGCAACAUGCGGCGACGUCAUUCUCACCUGCCGCGGGGGUAGACAUCGAUGAGGUGGGCGGAGAUGCCUACGUCUGGAAUCCCACGGUAUUUGUGAUUGCGAAUGAUACGCAAAGCAGCAGUUAUGCAGAGUCACUCCUAGAUAAAAUUGUUGUCGAUACGUUCGAGGCCUUAUGCUGCCGGCAGAAGAACGAGUCGUCCUUGUCCAUGAUGACUAUGUCCACUUUAUCGCUGCGCUUUCAGCUUCUUCCAUGCGCUAUUGAGGCUAUUAUGUUCGUACUGCAGCAACGUUGGCAUUUGCGUCCUCCUCUUGUAGCUCUCCUUGCUGCUGCAAGGUCUUCUUUGCGUCUGCUCCGCGCAACUCCGGAUUGGCACACAGGCGAUGACGCUGCUGCUGCCCCUGCCGCCGCUAAUGUCUUUGCGUCCUUGCAGUCUAUUCUCCGUGACUUGUACGUACGCCACACAAUAACAGAGCUUGCGACGGCGGCGUGCCCUCAUCACCGCCUCUCCUCUGCUGUUGACGGCGCGUUGAGACGAACUGCAUACGAGGCUGCACAACACAUGCGAGAUUUUGUUGCGCUGGCAUCAGCGUGGAUGCAGGCAUUGUUGCACAGUGCCGAAAACAUAACUGGGGGUCAGCGACGGCAGCAGACGCAACAACUCCUGCAGCCGCGCGUCCACGGCAUGGCGCGACUCGUUGCCACGGCCGUAGGGACGUGUGCAGCAUGGCCAGAAUCGCCGCUACGGGACGAGUGCAUGCGUGAUUUGAAGUGCUCGUGUGAGGCGCUGAAGCGAUGUGUCACUGCAGGGCGCGCGGGGGACGUGUGCUGUAGUGCGCUCCUGCUGCUGCGAGUGGUGGACGCCAUUUUGCAGACCGGCACGCCAUAUGAUGGCAAGGAGAUGGAGCGCCUCUUCCGCAGUGCGGCUGCAGAAGCGCACCAUCUGGAUGGUGAAGAUGAUGCCGCAGUCUUUUCUUCUGCUGCUGCGGUAUCGAAUGUCACCAUGGCAGUUGCACUGCCGUGCGUUGUGCGUCAUGGCCCUGUGCACAGCAUAGACCUGAUUCGUGCGUUUCUGCCGGCGCUGCGACUCGAUGAUGACGUUCAGCAGUUGCUGCACGAUGAUGAGGCGUUGGUGUGCGGGCUCGUUGCGGUGGACUUGGCGCGCUUCGGCUCUGCUGCUGCUGUGCGCCGUGUGCUGGGAACAUCAUUGCCGGCUGUGGCGCGAUUGAUUGGGCGCAUUGGUGAGCUCCCUCCUGGGCGGCUGCCGCUUGGCACUGCUGCAGCCGCAACAGCGGCAACACCGGGUCCGCAGCUGCAAUCAGAUGAGCAACUGGUGGAAAUUGCCGUGUUUGCGGCCCUUGCGGACUCUCAGUGUAGCGACACAAGCAACCAGUCUCGCACUGAGGGAGACGUUGCUGAAGUGAUGGAUGCCGUUGGUGCCGUAGUGCCGCACCGCUGGGACUUGGCGCAUGCCGUUGCAGUGGGCUAUCCGCUUCUCCAGCAGCCGAAGCAAGAGCAAGAGGAGGCGCCCGUGGACGUCGCACUACGCAAACGAUUCGCAUUGGCCCUUGAGUGCUGUGGGCCAUGGCCGCGUGGUGUGGCGCUAAUGCUGCUGCUGCAGGUGUAUCAGCCCACAACAGAUGGUGAAAAUGGCAAUCGCCUUCUGCCAGAUUGCGUCAAGCAGCUUGAAGCCAUGACGGACCUCGAUGCAGCUCGGCAGUGGACCGCAACAGGCCCACGCCGAUUCCCGAGUGAUGCCUCGCUUCUCACACGUGGUGUGGCGCUUCAGCACCUUCAGGUGGAUAUCGCAGCGUCUGUCUUGUUGGGCAAUGCACUGCAUCAGCAGCAGCACGGCUCGUGGAAUGCGCUCUCCACGAGCAAUUCUGCUGUGCAGUUCCGCGCUAUUGCAUUCAUAACGGCGCCUUUGGGGGAGAUGAUUUCUAUUAAACAGCAGCAACAAGAGGGGCGAAAACAUCUAUUGACGAGUGUUGCCUCUUGGCUGUCCUCUUCUUCUAGCAAUCGGCAGUGGGAUUCGAUCUGCGCGGAGGCAAAACACCUACUACUGUGGAGUCGGGUCCCCUUCACGCCAUCCGGCGCAACAGCAGCAGCAACGGUAGGUGAGGGAGGGGUGGAGCAAGUGGUCGCUGCAGCAGCGUCACUGGUGGCGUCGUCCCGUGCCGCCUUCGCAUCUAUGAAGAAAAUACAAACCUGCGAUGCUGUUGGCCUUGCCACCGUUGGUGAGAAUGACUCUUUUCUGCUGAGCUUCCCACGUGCACUCUUCAACACUAACUGGGUGGCGGAGCUAUGCUGGAGAAAACUGGUGCCGCCGAGCCGCCCUCUUCCUCUGCAGUUGUGCCGUGUGUUGCGUCUCAUUCCUAGUCAUCACGGCGGCGCGGCAGCUGAUGCGGGUGUUGAUGUGUCGCUACUCGACAUGCCUGCUGGUUUCAGCAGUCUACAGUACGCGCAUGCAUUCAUUACCGCCAGAGGGACAGAACUGCGGCGGGAGGAACGACAGCUGGUUCUAUCGCUUGCGUGUAGCCAAUCGAUGGAAGAGGUAUCAGAUUUGCUGGAAAAGCACUUGUUGCGUCGAUCUCCUGAUGCUGAUGCUGACGCUGCCCAUUUUGAAGCUGAGCUGCUGCUCGCUGCGUGGAACACUAUUCUUAUCCGUCGUGUUGAGCUUGGAAGCGACCGAGUGGCAGAGAAACGAAAUGGUGGCGUGCAACUCGAGGAAGAAGAUCUAAGUAAGCGCGCAGCCGCAGCGUUCCUCGCGUUGCUUAUGGCCGCAUUGGACAAGAGCAGCAAGGCAUCCUCAGAGCACAUGCAACAGCGGCAGAAGCAACAUCUGCAGCAGCUCGUUGCCGAAGUGUUUGCGCACACGGCCACUGGUGCUGUAUUCGUGAGCAAAGCGGGAAUGGACCACAUCGAUGAGGAAGUCUUUCGUAAGAUAUGCGCUGACACUGUGCUCAGUGCAAUCGAGCUUCAGCAGAAGCAGAAGCAGCAGCCGUCUAUCGCCGCCCACGUACUUGACGAACAGCUCAUGUUGUCCAUCGAACUGUGGAGACGAAGCGCUGCGGGCAGCGUGCAGUGGCUGUCACUGUGGCCGCCGCUCCCACUGGAGAUGUUGCGCUGCCGCCUGCACGUCAAGUCUAUGCUGCAGGCAAAGCGUGACACGCCGUCGCUGUGCCAACUGCGCCAUCCCGCAGCAGUGGUUUGGAUGAUGCAGCAAUGUGUCGCUCUCGCCGCACGCAUCACCGCACCGGCGCGUCCAAUGAUGGCUCUCUUUAGUAUUCUUCAGGUAUACGUGACGAGUGGCGUGGCCACCUUUACAACGGGGUAUGGAGCCACGAAAUCAUCGUCACCAACAUCAUCAUCGGCAGCAGCAUCAGCGGGGACAGCAGACAAGGCAUCCAUUGCGGCGCCACCAUUCAUCCGCGGUGCGGGAGCAGGGCUUGUCGUUGACCAGUUCAUCUGCCUCGUGCUGCGGCAGGGUGCAGCAACGAACCCUCACAGCAGCAGCAGGAGCAGAAGCGACAGCAUAAGUAUCACUGAAGUGCGAGAUCACAACAUCAUUUGCCACCUUGCCGAUGCGGUUUUCCCGCGUGUGUUGCAGGAUGGGCCGUCCCCGCCGUUCCUGUCGGGGUACGCCCCGCUGAGCGGUGACGGUCUGCAGGCGCUGGCGCGUCUCGUAGUUCUGCGUAGCGGCCUCGAGAAACGUCGCACCGCGACCGUCCAGCACGUUGUGAAUCUGCUACGAAUGGAGCAACGGCGUGAGGCUGCACGUCGCACUGCCGCACGUGAGGCUGGGCUGCCGCUCACGCAGGUGCACGCUGGCCAACCGCGACGCGCGCAGGAUGUGGGAGUGCUGCUGCUUUUUCACCUGCGUGCACUGACGGCGGCCCUCAGGUUCGUGAACCCACUCGGCUGGCACGGCGAGCGGCAGGCCACGCUUGACAUCGCCUACACCGCGUUGCUGGACCUUCUGCUGCUACACGGUGAGUCACAUGCCGGUGUGGAUAUCAUGUCGCGGGCCGUUUCAAAGGAGCUGGAGAUCAUCUUCGGCCCGGGUGCGCAGCGUGUGAUUCGCGCAGCAACGGCGUCUGCACGGGCGCCGGAAGACAGUGCUGUCACACCGCUGCAGCUUCUGUGCUUCGUGAGUGGGGACUGGCGUCAACAGCGGCAGGAACGGCGGGAAGCGAGGGCGCAUCUGCAUCGCCAACUGUGGGAGUUGCUUGCGUCCCACAGAAACGCAGGUACAGCACCAGAUGUGCUGUUUGUCAAGGGCGAUGAUGACGCGUCUGUUUCGCUUCCGCUGCCACCAUUCGUUCGGGUCGUAUCUCUUGUGCAGAAGACACUUUGGUCCACCGCCGCAAUGCCCUCGCAUGAUGUUGUGCUAGAGAUUCUCGAUGUUGCCGACACUGGGGAUGAGCUGGCGGCGCGCUGUGGUCUGCAGGUCUUUGCAACCGUUGCACCGUACAUGGCUGUGUCAACGCUGAUGCUGGAGAAGGUGCUCGUGCUGCUUCUCGUGGUGAGUCGGCAGUCUACUACUGCCGAUGAUGGUGACAGGGCGCUGCGCGAGAGGAUUUUGGACAUGGUGCUUCGUCAGUUUCAGUACGUCCCGCUUAACACCCCAGUUGGAGUGGUGCUGCUGUGUGAGCUGUACGCGGCCGUGUCUGCUACUUGUGGUGAUAUUUCUGCUGUCGCCUUCGAUGAAGGUGUUCUUGUGAAUGAAGAGGGUGCUUCGCAAACUCGUCGCGUGUCAUCACAUUCUACCAGUGUGUCACAGCUGAAGGAAUGGCUGUUAUGGCGCUGCGCUGUGGAGGGGAGCCGGGUUGCGUGGGCACCGCUGCAGGCCGCAUUGUCGCCGUUGCAGCAGGAUCGCUUGCAGUUGUUGCAGCGUGGCUGUCUUGAGUUCCUCGCGCAGGGUCACACGAGGCCGCACUAUGACCUGCCGUUCUUGCGUCUCGGCAGGAUUCUAGACUCUCUGCUCAAUCAGACAAGCAGCAGCAGCAGCUUUACGGGGAGCUUGCUGCGUAUGAUGGAGACAAGCACUGCGGCGGGAACAAAUGCUGUUCCCUGGCGUCGCGCUCUGUUGUUCUUGCCGGAGCCUUGCAAAGAUGCAGAACUGCAGCCGGACAUGCUGCGUCUCCGUUUCUUUGUGGUACUGCUGGAACGCAUUCUUUCUACCAGUGGUGACAAAAGCAAGGAUGGAGUCCGUCAGUUGUGGAAGGAGGCACUUGCGGCAAUUCUGCCAGGUGCUGUAGCUGUGGGAGAGCACAGUGACGGAGAAGGACCACUCAUUCAUCGCGCCACCGCGUGUGCACUCCGGGCCCUCCAGACUGUUCAGCCGCGACAACAGUGGGGGCCUGCACUGGAGCUGACUCGGCGACUCACUGCUGUUGCCACCACCACCACCACCACCACUACUACUACUACUACUAGUGAAACUGGUUUGACUGCUGAUUCGUAUUCGCCGGUGGUGUGGUGGUCUACCCCUGAAGCAGCAUUGUUUCACACGCUGCGGUAUCUUGUUGAGGCGUGUGACAUGUCAUCUAUCCCCAUCGCAUCGCUGCUCGCGUACCUGCAGUUGGUUGCCACUCGUCAGGCAGCCGCUAUGCCGCUCGAGGCUCCUGUCGCCCGUCUCAAUCGCGCGCGGGCAGUGGUCGCCUUCACGCAGCGGUUGCAGCGUCACCCCUACCUCCGCUGGGUCGAUGCCCUUGCCGCGCUGGACUCGCUACGCAUGAUCGAAAAGGCCCUGACUGAAACUUCUGGAGGGUGUAGCAACAGUAACACCAAUGGUGCUAAUGUUGAACAGGAGAACGAGAGACGCCAUCUGCUGCAACAAGCGAAUGAUGAAUUCGUCAAUGCCAUGAUGGAGCGGUUGUAUCAUAAACAGUCUUAUGAAUCGCUGCUGCGGUUUGUGGAGGCGGCCCAGCAUUACCACCGCGUGAGUGGUCGACAAGCUCUGGCGCGGCUGAACCACGCUGCCUCUGUGGUCGUGCCACCAAGCCGUAGUGGUGGACUGUCAGAGGUGUUGUUGCUGCUUAAUGGCACUCUCAUCGGCAAGACGUUGGAUGAUAUAUUGCUGGAGCAGUCAGCUUCCAUGCAGCAGGAGCGUGUGCGUCUGCUGCAGGAUCUGCUGCGGAACGGCAGGUGUGGAGAUGCGGCGGUGCUUGCACGACAAUCUCCCGGACUUCUGCGAACGCGUGAGUUUUAUGACGCUUGUGCGGGUUUGAUUAAUCGUUCUCGCCACAGCGUUGUUGUUCUCUUCUACGACGAAUUAAUACACUCGACGGAGGACGAAGAAGAAUGGGAAGAGGACGUAUCCACGGCGGGAGUGACUGGCAACUCACCAGGCUACCAUGAUGACGGCAUGAUAACAAAGCUCCUGGAGGCCGACGUGCGCCGCACGGAAGACGCGGCGGUCGUGCGAGACCUCUCAGAUGAGUCGCUGCAGCAAGCCAUGAUGGCCUUUGAGGUUGCUGCGAAUACUGCGAAGGGUGUAAGCAGCAGCGCGGGUCGGACAAUACUGUGGAUUGCGGCCGCAUGGCUGCGGCGCUCAACGGCGCUGCAGCAGUCGCAGGCACCACUCGCAGCGACAAUGUGGUGGGUUCGUCAAGAUGUCGUGGGAGGCAAUAACGCAGGUACGAGCAACGGCCCACUGCGCAUUCUUGCCGAUGCCGUGAGCGAUACCCUGCGCAUGGAGCCUGAGAAAAGCAACAACAACAACAACAGCAGCAGCAGCAGCAGCAGAAGUAGCGCGGUGAAUUUGGUGGAAAUGCUGCGGCGUGAACGCGCGGUGGCACGUCCGCUUGUGGCGGUUCUCUCGGGUGCGUUCCCUGGCAUCACAGUACGGCUAUGCCAAUUGUUGUUGCAGGCGCAGCAGUCGAGUGGUGUAGCGGAGGAACAGUCGUCAAAAAAGAAGGAUGACGAGUGGGAGUGUUUCUUGCGCUGCACCGCGUCAUACAACAUGGAGCUCCAGAAUGCCAGCCAGCGAUGCCGCGACCUCGUUGACAGUGCCGCAAAGGAUAAGGGACACACAGGCAUCGUGCAGUGGCGUGAUCGUGCGCUGUUUGGCAGCAGCACCGAGUGGUUGACGGCGCUGGCGGUGUAUGGCACCGCGCGUUCCUUCGUUGGGAAUGCGGCUGUUAGCGGGGUCCAUGCAACUCGCCUCGUAAAGGCCAUUACCUCCAGCAAUGCACUCGAUGUUGUUGUUCCUGUGGCCCGCGAGAUCUUUUUUCACGCCACUUCCCCUCACCAACGCGGCGGCGGCGGCGUCGCAGCGCCAUUUGUGGAGGCGCUGCUUCCUCUUGUCAGCAGGAUGCGGACGCUUAAGCGGGAGGCCAUUCGCCAACUCACUUCUGCGGCGGAAGUGGAGCCUACACAGCUGCAGGCCACACUCGCCAAUAUCCACGAGCUCAACCGCUUUAUUGGUGAUGUUCUCUCGCGGCAGCAACAACGGCAACAGCAGGCACCGUCUACUUCGAGUGUGGAAGUGGAUGAAGGCGGAGUCUUUGACGGUCGGGUGGAGGUCGCGUGUCACAUGAUCGAGUGCCUCACCGUGGCACCCACAGAUCCCGCCACAUCGGCAGCUGUGCUCGAGGAGUGGCGCCUGCUUACGCAGCGUGUCAUCGCGGCUGUUCCACCAUCACAGCGCAGCAGUGAAUUACUCAACGCCGUAAUGGAAAGCGCGCGGGACUCGUGGGAGGUGCUCCGUGUCGCACAGCAGUGCGCGCUGACGGGUUGUGACGUGGCGUGCGAAGGGCUGUGGCGCGACGCGCUUGGCAUCGCCACUGCCGACACUAGCUUGCGCCGCCACCUGUUCGCCAGCAGCAGCGCGGCGCAGCGGCAGACGGCUGCGGCGCAUCUCGAGACGCUCAUCGGCUGCGCGAGCCUCGCACCACAUGGUGGCGUGGAGUCGAUGCAGUCCCUCUGCGACACGGUGCUCCGGCAACACGCCGUUCCGCUAACGGAGGAUGCAAAAACGCUCGUGAAGCUCGCGUGCAUCCGCAGCGGUGGGUCAUCGUGGCGCACGCUCUACCAGACCGUUACGGGCACUGCGCCGAUGAUGGUGCUGCGGCAGACCGCGCUUACUGCGUCUGAAGAGGAACUGCAGCGGAGCCGCUGUGCGAAGGCAUUGGAGACUGUUAGUGAUUGGGCGCAGGCACUACGGCUGGGGCAAGAGAAGCGUGAGGUGGGCGUGCGAUUGCAGCACGCACACUACCGGCGCAUGCUGCAGCUGAUACUGGAGCAGCAAGGCAUGAACGAGUCUGCUGAGGAUGCCGCCGUUGCGGUUGGUGAUGCAGUGAUGUCACUGCACUUUGCGCGACUGCAGGACGGCACUGCACCGGACACGCAGGCAGUGGAGCAGUCGCUGCGCAUCCUCUCCCAUCCCGCUCUCUCGCCGCUCUACGUGCUCCAGUACGCACAGGCCCUCACACUCCUUCCCUCUGUUAGCAACCGUCGGCACAAGAAUACCAGCAGCAGUGACGCACCUUCGGUUCCACCCGCACACGCUGUGGAGGAGACACACUUCUCUCUGUCAGUGUUAAUCAUGCGGCAGGUCGUAGAUGCGGCCCAGCGGCUUCCAGACGCCGUGCACCAGCAGCGCCUGACGGUAGAGGAAGGACAUGAGUGUUUGCGCAUGCUCGCUGCCUUUGUGCGGUGGGCGAGUGAGUUUAGCCGAAUGCCGUGCCUUGACCGAGACUUGAUGGAAACCAUCGUCCUGCUGCUCUGUACAUUGCCGGAGGCAUUUCUGCGGCGGCCAGUCGCACAUGACGAGAAGGACAGCGUGGAGUUUCCCGCUGGUGAUGUGCGGGCGCUGCUGCUCGCUGCAUUUGUCAAGCGCCGUGGCGGCGGCAGCACGAAAGCUGCUGAUGGGGAUUCCCUUCAGUCGCUGCUAGACUCGUAUAGCUUCGUCUGCAGGCCUCCACCCACUGGGGAAGCGGAGAAGGACGCUCUGACGCCGACAGCCGCGUCGCUCCUUGCACUGCGAACGAACGCCGAGGCGGCGGUGCGGCUCGUGCAGCGCCAGGCGUCCCUCCACCACGUGGUUUGUCUCUCUCGGUCAGCGCUCUGUCGUCUCUUUGCCGCAGUGACGGCUGGUAUGCAGCACCUCACGGCGGACUCGCUACGACCGCUGAGUCGCAUUGCUCAAGAAACGGACAUUGUCUCACCGGCACUGCGCUAUCUCAUCGCCCUAACCGUCGCAGAACAGUCGGUACUGUGGGGUUUCAUCCAUGGCAGCAACAACAACAACAGCACUGGUAGCGGCAUUAGUAGUAGGAUACAGAAACACAAGGCGGAGGUGCCGGCGUCGGUGGUGGUACGCGCUGUGGCGCGUGCCUACAGUGUGGUGCAGCAGCAGUUUGCGCCGCCGGACGCAUUGAUGCUAAGCAACCUUUUGCUUCCCAACUCCUCAAACAUUGAAACAGACGGCAGAAACAACAAUGACGAUGAGGAAGAUCUAGAGAGCAGCGUUACAGGGUCGCCGGGGGAGCAAUUGGCGACACUGCAUGAGUACCCGGCAGAAGUUGCGUGGGAAAACUCGUUGAAGCUGUUUCACGUUCUCCUGCGCAACGCCCAGCCACAUGCAGAUCUUUCCGUUCCAUUCGCGGCGUUGAUUCGCUUAUUGUGCCGCAGUGACCACUACAGUCUGGCGUUCCGAAUGAUUACGCUCGCUGGGACGCCGUCGUUGGACUCCACAAAGAAAAACCGGGACACUGCACGACACACCAGCACGGAUGACGAGAAUGAGGUGUCGCGUCUUCUUCCGCAGCACGUUGCGGUGGAUGGCUUUCUCCUUAAGUGGGUUGUCGAUGCGGUGGAGGCGGUGCAGCAAAAGCAGCAGCAACAGCAGCAUCCCCAUCUGCAGGUGGCCACUCAUCUCAACGGUGUCGCCGUGCCACCAGGAUUCUGGCGAGUAGCACUGCACCUAUUGCAGCAGCAGCAGCAACGUCUUUUCGGGCAUGUUGGGCUCAAUGGUAUUGGGAAGGAUGCUUUGAAUGUCUCUUCUUCUGCGCUGCUGGCUCUCCUGAAGGAGAUCAGUCAACGCAAUGUACCUUAA